AUGGCGACCAAAUCACGCUCUUCGUCUCCCAUAGAAAAAGCUGAUGACGUUGAGGCCAUAAACAUAGUCUCUGAUGAUCCCGACGCAGAGUUUGGCGGCACUGAGGCACGCAAGAAACUGGAACGUAGGCUGUUGUGGAAACUCGACGCGCGCAUGUUCAUCCUGGUUAUUAUAUACAUCUUGAACUAUAUAGACCGGAAUAAUGCAGCGGCUGCACGGCUUCGAGGUUUCGAGAGCGAUUUGCAUCUCGAAGGGCAGCAAUUUGCCACGUUACUAUCGAUUCUAUACGUAGGCUAUAUCAUCAUGCAGAUACCUUCAAAUAUGAUUCUCAACCACAUGGGAAAGCCAUCCCUCCAGCUGCCACUGUGCAUGAUUAUAUGGGGCGUCCUAUCAAUUUUGACCGGUAUCACCAAGAACUUCGUCGGUGCGCUAUUAACGCGCUUCUUCCUUGGGUUCAUGGAAGCCGCAUUCUUCCCCGGCUCUCUUUUCCUCAUUAGUAAGUGGUACAAGCGAAGUGAAACUGGUGCUCGAACGGCGCUCCUUUACGGCGGAAACAUCAUCAGCAAUGCUUUUGGUGCACUUAUUGCAUCCGGUAUCCUCGACCGCAUGCAAGGCAAGCUCGGGCAAUCUGCAUGGCGGUGGCUGUUCUUUAUUGAAGGAUCUCUGACGGUUUUCUGUGCCAUCUGCGCCAUUUUCCUACUGCCUGACUUCCCCACGACGACGCGUGGACGCUGGCUUAGCGACAUCGAACGUCGUCUCGCUAUGCGACGAAUGGAAGAGGACGUGGGAGUAGGCGACGAAAAGGAGACCGAAGCUGGAAGAAAGGGAUCAGGACUAUGGAUGGCUAUGACGGACUGGAAGGUCUGGUGGAUGGCGUUCGCCAUGCUAAGCCAGGUCGUUGCGUUAAGCUUCAAUGCAUUCUUCCCCACCCUGACCGCGACUCUGGGCUUCGACACAACUGUGUCGCUGUUGCUUUGUGCGCCACCUUUCGUCACAGCAGCAAUCCUCGGCUACGUCAAUUCCAGACACUCCGACAAGACUGGCGAACGGUUCUGGCAUAUGACAGUGCCCUAUCUUACGGGCAUUGUUGGAUUCAUCAUAGCGAUGUCUACCAUGAACACCGCUGCUCGAUAUGUGUCCCUGUUUCUGAUGGCGCAACAAUAUGUAGGUUUUAUCGUCCUCUACACUUGGACCAGCAACACCUUCCCUCGCCCGCCAUCCAAGCGUGCUGUCGCAGUGGCCUUCGUUAACGCGUGGUCCCAAAUCGGCAACGUCGCUGGCUCGUAUACCUGGUCAAGCUCAUGGGGCCCUACGUACCGCUAUUCAUACGCAAUCUGCAUCGCAACGACUGGCUUGGCAAUCAUAAUGCUAUACAUACUCAAGCUGCACUUGCUAUCGCUGAACCGGAAGUUCGAGAAGGAGGAAGAGGCGAGAGGCGCUACAGAGAAGGGCUUCCGUUACCUUGUCUAA